AUGCAGAAGCUCCUCCUGGCGCUGGCUUUUGGGAUGCUGCUCUCGGAGCCGAGGCUGGGGGCUGAGGGCCGGAACCCACCCUACGGCGUCAAGCUGUGCGGGAGGGAAUUUAUCCGGGCCGUCAUCUUCACCUGUGGGGGCUCCCGCUGGAGACGGGCAGGUGAUCUCGAUAUCCUGAGUGGCCCCCCUGCAGGGGAAGACUCCGCAGAAGCCGCCUCCAGCGAUGCCAGCCGCCUGCCCGGGACGUUGCCCCACCAAGACCUCUCCUCCGACUACCACGAGAGGUGGAGAGGCAAACCGGGCCGCGGCCUCGCCGAGGAGAGCUGGCCUCUGGAGCGUGCCGUCCGGGACGUCAUGGCGGGGCUGAGCACCUCGUGCUGCAAGUGGGGGUGCAGCAAAAGCGAGAUCAGCUCCCUGUGCUAG